AUGUCGAAAACCGUCGCCAUGGGGAAUACGUCAUCCCAACCCGAGCCUUAUCCCGUGAUUCCGGAUGAUUUUGGAGACAUUGUCCCCGAAACUCCUAACAUUUCCUCCAAGAAUGCUGGAAAGAAAAACAAGAAGAAGCAAUCUCUCUCCUCAAAACCCAAAGCUUUAUCAGGAGAAUCUGCACUAGCCAAUGGCACAACAGACUCGAGUGUGCCGAAUCGUCCAAAGCGCAAGCGCGACGUCGAACCUGAGUCUAAGCAAAAGAGCAAGAAGCACCACAAAUCAGACAAUCAAGAUCGCAUCGAGCCAGCGCAGGAAAUUGAACCGCUUGCUCCUGCAACGAUUGUUCAACCUCCUCCCUCUCCCAGCCAGUCGACGCCAAAGUCCGAGCUUCCGGCGAAGAAGCCUCGGAAGUCUCGCAAGAAGAAGGACCAAGAUGCAGAUGCGCCUGUUUCUUCGCAUCCCAGCGAUACGGCAGUCGCCGAUGAACCUUCCGCGGUGGAACACACCGCUGCCGCCAAGCGGACUCCCACCCCAUACUCGCCCAACCCCGAGGGUAGCACCACGCCAGGCGGCAGGGUCAGGGGAGUCAGAGGCUCACGCACCAGAGAGAAAGACAAUAUGAGAAUUGGCUUCUACACGCAGGACGAAGUGGAAAAAAUUGAAUCCUUCAAAGUGAAUUUCUGCACCAUGCAUGGUAUCUCUGGUUCUCUGUUCGAUGAGAUGGUCCAGCAUUCCGAGCGAGGCGUAUUCGGCGAGUUUCCGGUCUCCUCGGAAAUAAUCAGCAAAAACGACUUUUGGGACGAGAUCUAUGGUCUUCUUCCGGACCGUGACCGACGCUCUGUAUACCGGUUCAUGCGCCGACACUUCCAAGCUUCGGCGCAGAAGGCGCACGAAUGGACGAAAGAACAAGAUCAGGAGUUAAUCGAGCUCCACGCCAAGCACGGCCCGAAAUGGAGUUACAUUGGUAAGCUCAUCGGGCGUAGCGAUGACGACGUCACUCAACGCUGGAGGAACAAGCUUGAGCACCAGGACACUAUGAAUCAAGGUGCAUGGUCAGAAGAAGAGUCGAGGUUGUUCCUUGACGCCGUCGAGUCGUCCUGGCAUACCAUGAAGCCAAUGCUAGGCGACGAAGCAGGCAAGGACUUCUACGAGAUGAAUGAGCGUAUGAUCCUCUGGGGCAAUAUCAGUAAGGCAAUGGGCUACACUCGAUCACGACAGCAAUGCGCGGACAAGUGGCGCAAAAUCGUGAGACAAGUCAUGAUCAUGCGGGCCAAUGGUCAGCCAGGCGCAGUAUACGACCCCAAGCAGGCUUCCAAGAAAACUGCCAACUGGAACACAAGACUGGAGGAGGAAAGGAAGAGCACUCGAUUUGUGACUGAUGACUCUGACUCCGAGGGUGGUGAAGUUGCUGAGGCUAAAAAGGCCACCUCAAGCCCAAAGUCAACUCCGAAGCCCAGCCCAAAGCCCAAGAAUACGGCAGAGCCUUCGCCCAGUCGCGAAGUCAAUGUUGAGUCUGACCAUGGAGUGCAAGGCGAGAAUGAGCCUGGACCGCCUGAGCCUGCCAGCAAGGCCAAGAAGUCCAGGUCCAAAUCCAAGCGCAAGCACACCGAGGAAGUCCCAUCCGCCGCCAUAGAGGAAGCCCCAUCUGCCCCCAUAGAGGAAAUCCCAUCCGCCUCCUCUCCUACCCAAAAGAUUAUAGAAGAGAUAACGCGCGAGAAGGAGCGACGGGAGAAGGAGAUGCAACAGCAGCAAGAACAAGAAGCCCAAGAGGAGGCAGAAAAUGCCGGACGCAAGGAUCGCAAGCGGAAGAGAAAAGAUGAGAAGAGAAGGAAACGCGACGAGCGAGAGAACACCGUCGCCGCGGCAGAGGCCAACAAUGCAUCUGAUAGCGAUGCUGAAGUCCCCGAGCCCGCGAAAAAGAGGAAAAGUCUUAGGAAAGCCCAAGCGGCUCUCUGA